CGGGAAAAUGAUGGGGGCAUGGGGCGUGUCUGAAUCGGACCAGCGAUCACGUGCACGUUCCACAACGCCGUGCUAGAUCUACCGUCGUGAAGCCGGACGUCUCGUGAAGCCUAGCUCAAGAAGUGAGAAAACAUCCUGUGCCCGGAAAUUAAUUGUACCCGUCCUGCGAGUGACAUAGAUGCGCGCGCCACAGGUGCUGUUGCCGCAGAUACGCACUCCCAUUGACAUCAACAUCUAAGUACCUUAGUGUGUUCAAGCGUUAGCUGACCAGCGCGGGUUCCUAUCGCUACCCGGCUGCGCGUGACGUCACGAAGCUGUACUAAUCCCGGACUCGUGCUCGCAACGAGUUCGCGUUCUGUGGGUCGUCAACGUGACGUCUAGCUAAAACACACGACAAUGCUCGACUAUGAGAACGCGUCGGCGAACGACAGCUAUCCGUCGCCGACUCCGCCCGGUCAUCCGUACCAGAAGUGGCUUCGCAUCGGCGUCAUCAUCGUCAUCUACGUCGUCUCGCUCGUCGGCAACACGUCUGUGUGCAUGUGGAUGUGGCGCAACAAGCAGUUCCGCGCUCGUCGCAUGAACAGGUUCAUCUUGCAUCUCACCUGCGCCGACAUGCUCGUUACGUGGUUCACGAUGCUGUCACAGAUCGUGUUCGAGUCGAUCGGCACCGUGUGGCUGCUGGACGAAGCGAGCUGCCGCAUAUUCAAGAUGCUGCAGAAUUUCUCCAUCGUGUCGUCGACGUACGUCGUGACGAGCAUAGCGAUCGACCGGGCUUUCGCUAUCGCGCGCCCGCUCUCUCGGCCGCCUUCCGUUAACAGGUUUCUGAUCGUCGCUUGGCUGUGCUCGCUCAUACCGUCUAUACCGAGCCUGUUUCUCUUCCACCGGAGGCAGGAGGGCGUAAACACUUACUUUUGCUCUUCGAUCUUUCACGAUAUUCUUAGCAAGGCGAUUUACCGGCAGGUGUACAUGUUGUUCAUAUGGCUUUGCGUGUUCUUCAUACCGCUGCUUAUCAUCCUAGUGUCGUAUAUCCUGAUCGUGUGGACAAUAUGGAAGAAGGCACACGACGAUGCUAAGGCAGCAGGGGCGAACCACGUCGAGACGGUUGGCAACCACGUUACGCGACGCCCCAUUACCACAGGUCCCGUGUGUAACUCGAGUCUACCGAAGGCAAAGAUGAAGACAUUGAAGAUGACAAUAGUAAUAGUGCUUACGUUUAUUGUGUGCAACUUACCUUAUUACACCCAAGAAAUGAUACUAGCCUUCGGCGAUCCAUCGAUUUUGGACAUGACAUUCGUGGCUAUUUCUGGUAUAAUCUCCGCCAGCAACAGUGCAGCUAAUCCCUAUAUUUUUUUGCUGUUUAGCUCUCGCAACAAGUUUGUGUCGUCUGCUAUCAACCAAUUUUGUUUAUCAUGUAUUCACUCCAAGCCAAGCAAAAGUUCAUAUAGUCCUCGCAGUCAGCACCGGCACGGAAACUCUGAGGAUAACAGUAACCAGUAUACAAUUACCAUGUAUACAAACCGCGAAACAAUGAAACAGAGUAGCGGCUCAAAACACUCGAAUGAAUGUAAUUUUUGAGUACGAAAUUUUACUUGAUAGUCUUUGUUCUUCUACGUAAUUUCAAAAGUCGUCAGCAUAUUAUGAAAUAAUAUUAGAGCUUAAAGGGCACAACCCCUCAUGUUUUAACGUUUGUAACGUAUCCGUUUACAUGGUGUUGUAAGUUGCACAAUAAACAGUCUGUUCCCCACAA